GAGCGGCGCGCAGGACUCACUGCAGCCAAGUCCGGCUGAUGCGCGAUGCCUCGUUUUACUGUACACAUCCGAGAUGAGUGGCUGGCUGUGCCCUGCCGGGACACUUCCAACACCAUCCAGUGGCUCGGACAGGAAGCGCUUAAACGUUACAUAAAGAAUAAACCGGACAACGGCGGCAUCACGGCUGUGAAAGACACACGUUUUGUUGCGCGCAGGUGCCAGGGUUUGGGUCUGCUGGACGCGGAUGACACCAUCGACGAUGUACUGGAGGAUAAUGACUUUGUCGAGCUUGCUAUUGAAGGAGAUACCAUGUCUCCUGACUUUAUCCCGUGUGAGCCGGGAGUUUCUCAUCUCACGGCAGCAUACAAAGAGCCUGAAGAGUAUAUUUCUUUGGAUGGCAACAGCCUGACGUCAACAGAUCUCAUCAACUUAGGCAGAGGACUCUACAAGAUAAAGCUGACUCCUGAGGCCGAAAGAAAGGUUGUGCAAUCCAGAGAGCUUUUGGACACCAUUGUCAAAGAAAACAAAGUUGUCUAUGGGAUCACAACGGGUUUUGGCAAAUUUGCCCGAACUGUCAUUCCCGUCAGCAAACUCAAGGAGCUCCAGGAAAACUUGGUGCGCUCACACUCAGCAGGUGUGGGAAACCCGUUAAGCCCAGAGAGGACCCGCAUGUUGCUCGCUUUGAGGAUCAAUGUUUUGGCCAAAGGGCACAGUGGUGUUUCUCUUGAAACCCUCCAGGCCAUGAUCCAGGCCUUUAACGCCUCCUGCCUCUCCUUUGUCCCUGAAAAGGGAACAGUAGGUGCUAGUGGUGACCUGGCACCCCUCUCUCACCUGGCACUCGGACUCAUGGGAGAGGGAAAAAUGUGGUCUCCCACGAGCGGGUGGGCUGAUGCCAAAUACGUCCUGGAGGCACAUGGACUAAAGCCAAUAUCACUAAAGCCUAAAGAGGGUCUGGCUCUGAUCAAUGGGACACAGAUGAUUACCUCUCUAGGGGCAGAGGCCGUGGAGCGAGCCCAGGCGAUUGCCCAGCAGGCAGAUAUUAUUGCUGCUCUCACCCUGGAGGUGCUAAAGGGAACCACCAAGGCCUUUGACAGUGACAUCCAUGCACUGCGGCCACAUCCGGGGCAAAUAGAGGUGGCUCAACGCUUCCGCUCACUGUUGGACUCAGACCACCACCCAUCCCAGAUUGCAGAGAGUCACAGGUUCUGUGACAGAGUCCAGGAUGCCUACACCAUGCGGUGCUGUCCUCAGGUUCAUGGAAUUGCCAAUGACACAAUUGCAUUUGUCCAGAAUAUCAUCAAUACAGAAAUCAACAGUGCCACUGACAACCCUAUGGUAUUUGCAGAAAGAGGUGAGACCAUUUCAGGUGGGAAUUUCCAUGGGGAGUACCCAGCUAAGGCUCUGGAUUUUUUAGCCAUUGCAGUCCACGAGCUGGCUUCAAUCAGCGAAAGGAGGAUCGAGAGGUUGUGUAACCCCUCUCUGAGUGAGCUGCCUGCCUUCCUCGUCAACGAGGGUGGACUCAACUCAGGCUUCAUGAUUGCCCACUGCACUGCAGCCGCCUUAGUUUCAGAAAACAAAGUUUUGUGUCACCCAUCGUCUGUGGACUCUUUGUCCACUAGUGCUGCCACGGAGGACCACGUGUCUAUGGGAGGAUGGGCUGCUAGGAAGGCCCUGAGGGUCAUAGAGCAUGUGGAGCAAGUCCUCGCUAUAGAGCUGCUGGCUGCAUGUCAGGGUAUCGAGUUCCUCCGCCCACUCCGUACCACCACUCCACUGGAGAAGGUCUAUGAACUUGUUCGCAGCGUGGUCAAACCGUGGAUGAAAGACAGAUUCAUGUCGCCUGAUAUCGAAGCGGUUCACCGCCUGCUACUUGACCAAAAGGUGUGGAAUGUGGCCAAACCUUACAUUGACAAGUACCAGACAGAGUACAUCCCUGAGUCCCGCCCCGUCUCUCCCACUGCCUUUUCCCUGGACUCUCCGGCCUCCCCCAGGAAGCGUGUUCGCCACGAAUGAAAGCACGCCCCAAACAAGUUUUUUUUAUUUUUUUAUUUUAAGUUUCUUUGGCAAUUACUUCAGUCACGAAAAAAGAAAGAUCCUACACACUGAUCUUGGUCAGCGCCAAAAUUAGUCAAAAGUGUGUGGCCUUUAUCUGAGACCAACGGGAGCAGAAUGGGAAGAAACGGAUCCUUACGCUUCACUGUGACACUUCACUGACAAGACCAGUGUGCAGGCUCUUUCUUUCUUGCAUCUGAGUUUGUUGGAUUUGUGAAUUUUCUAUUCCCAUUAAAGAAUUGUUAGAAAGUCACCCAAACCUCUGGAGAUGUGAUUUCAGGAUGCUGUAUUCUUAUGUCCCUUGAAGACUAAAUGUAUACACUGACUUCUCUCACGAGCUUAUGAACUGGCUAUUCUACAUACAGAAUAUAAUUCAAGCAAUUAUUGGGUUUAACUUGUGUAUACUGCACCUUACCCUGAUGUACAUUCCACUUGUUUAUAUCUAAACUUUUUUGUCCCUUUUUAAACGUGCCUAAUUGACUCUUUAUUGUCACAUGAUUUCUUCUUGUACAAUAAUUAUCAAUACAGUACAAUAAUUAAGACAUAAUUAUCUUAGCACAACCUGUGAUUUUCCUGGUGUAUUUUAAAUCCUAUUUAAUUGCCAUUAAUACAUUUCCAGCUUAACAUAAUUAAAGUUUUUAAGCGUU